GGAAUGCAACCGAAAUUAUUUUACGCCAGCGAUUUCCGGUUGCACGUUGCAAAAGUUUUGGAUCUCCAGUUCUACUGUAUUUAAAGAUAUUAAUCUGUUAACAGUGUAUUACGAUGCAGUUCGACAUCAGGAGAUUUGAUAUUUAUAGAAAAGUACCAAAAGAUCUGACUCAGCCUACAUUAACAGGAGCUGUUAUCUCUAUAUCCAGUGUAUUAUUUAUCUUGUAUUUAUUCCUAUCAGAAUUGUCACUUUUCCUCACACAUGAAGUAAUAAGUGAACUGACAGUAGAGGACCCAGUUCGACACACAGAAAAGAUCCCAGUAUUUAUUAAUAUUACACUACCUCAAUUAAAGUGUGAAUAUGUGGGUAUAGAUAUUCAAGAUGAUAUGGGCAGACAUGAAGUUGGUUUUCAAGAUGACACACAAAAGAUCGAAGUAAAUGAAGGGAAGGGAUGUAGAAUGGAAUCACAUUUUGUAAUCAAUAAAGUUCCCGGUAACUUUCAUGUAUCGACUCAUUCCUCUAGAACUCAGCCAGAUAAUCCUGAUAUGACGCAUCUGAUACAUAAAGUCAGGUUUGGUAUGGAUUUACAAGAAGGAAAGGAAGUUAAAGGAUCAUUUAAUCCCUUAGAAGAUGUAGAUAGAAGUGCAGGUCAAGCUUUAGCCACUCAUAACUACAUUGUAAAAAUCGUUCCAUCUGUUUAUGAAGAUAAGAGGGGAAAUGUAGGAUACCCUUACCAGUAUACAUACUCCUAUAGGGAAGUGAUGCAGUAUGGUCACGGAGGACGUGUAGUACCUGCUAUAUGGUUUAGAUAUGAACUCAGUCCCAUCACAGUUAGAUAUAUUGAAAAGAACAAACCAUUUUAUACUUUCCUUACAACGGUGUGUGCCAUAGUUGGAGGAACAUUUACAGUAGCUGGUAUCAUAGACUCUUUUAUAUUUACUGCUGCAGAAAUCUUUAAAAAGGCAGAAUUAGGAAAAUUGAGUUAAUGGACGACUUGUUUUAGUUUUCACAUUUAUUCCCUCUGUUUUCACUGUAAACAAUCUGUCAUUAUUAUUUAGAGAAUUCAAAUGUUACUUUUGACCAAUACAUUACUCCUAAUGAAUAACUAAAUUCAUUUCAGAAGUAGAAACCAUGAUAUGAAUAAAUUAGUGUACUUCAGGAUUUUUCCUUUGAUAAUUAUAAUGUAAUUUUGGUAUUAUUAAGAUUCAUCAUUUUGUUUUUUCUCAAUUUCAACUGAUUGUGUAUUUUUUAAUAUAAAAAGUAGAUUAAUAUAAAAGGUAUGUGGAAUACAAUAUUUAUUAUCAGUCACUAAAAGAUAUUUUGAUAAGGAAAAAAUAGAUUAAGAUAGAAAAAUAUGUCAAACUUUUCUAAAUAUGAAGCUAUAUAUAUAUUGAUAACCAAACCAACUUCAUUGUAAUAUUACCAAAAUUAAGGAUAAAAAAAUUUUUAAAGUAUUUUGUGAAUAUCUUUUAUAUUUUAAAUUAAAUUUUUGGUUAUUCAGAUUUAGUCAUAUAAUUUAAUAGAAUAUUAAUUGUUUAUAUAAAAGUAACUUUAAGUCAUAUUUUAGUUAAAAAAGUAUAAAUUAUUGUUGAUGAGAUUGCAAGAAAAGACUUUUCAAGCUUGCGUUUAUCUUUAUUAAUGUUUAUAAGCUUAUCAGCAGAAUUUGUUAGUUGUUAAUUAGAUUUUUUAUUUGUGUGGUUGUAAGUUUCAUGUGUAUUACAGGUAGAAUGAAGUACUUUUACAAAAAAUGUAUAACUUUACUGUUCACAGACAUUUCUCUUGUUAAAAAUCUUGUGUUCUAAAAAUAAUUUCUAUAAUUUUUUUUUAAAUCUCUCAUUGGUGGAAAUUAUUUUAAUAAUUUAAACGUCUUUGAUGAUCUCAGAAAUUUAAUGAUAAACUGGUAAGAGAAUUUCUUCGGGUUGAAAAGGUCAAUAUUGGGGUACAUUUGUCCGCUAUUUUUGGCAAAUUGUCAGAUUUCAGAUGUGGAUACAUUGAAUCCCUCUAGUCACAAUUUAGACAGCUUUUACAUAGCAAUUACUGUCACUUUGGUUUGGUUUCAGAUAUUAAAUAAAGGAGUAGGUCCGGUCCGGUUAGACCACAUUUUGGCCCCAAAAUAUAGCAGUUUUACAAAAUUGUUAAAAUGUAAACUUUUAGUUAUUUAUUGGACAGUAGAAUGCUUCUGCUACAUAAAUAUGGGUUGUUUUUGGCAAUAAAAUGCACAAAUAUCGAGUACUAGCACCAUUAAGUCACGCUAAAUUACUGAAAUCUUCACAAUUCUAUCAUUUUAGUUAAAUUUUAGACGGUUUUCGUGUAAAACGAAAGUGGCCGCAUUCGUGUUCAUCCUUAAUAUUGAAAUGUGAGUUGUAUUUUAUGAUAAUACAUAACAUAUAUAAAGGUUUUGGAUGAACACGGAUGCGGCCACUUUCAUUUUUGACGAAAACCAUCUGAAAAGUGGCAUUUUUCGACUUAUAUAUUUGGUAGAUUUUUCAUAUUUGAGCUUAAAUCGGAUCGUUUUUAAUGACUCAAUCAGUUAAAAUCUUUCACAUCAACUAAUUGAUUCAAAUGAAAUAGGCAUUUAAGUGGUUAAAAAGAGGUCAAAAUCUUUCGUCGGAUAAACCUGAAAUUUGAGGCCAAAAUUGGUUCUUACCGGACCUACUCCUUUCACUCAGAUAAAAAAUAUUGAACAGCUAUUGAUUAAAAUUCCAUGAGUUGUAUGUUUAAAUAACUAUAACAAUCUUCUUAUUUGUAAGAAUUUGUUUUUUCUGAACCCCACCUAUCCUCUAUUUUUUGUCAGCUCAGUGCAAUAAAUCAAAUUAUCUAUUUGUACUCCUAGUGUGUAUUCAAGAGUGUGGUGAGAGAUCGUUGAAUUUUAUGUUGCCAUUGUUUGCCUUUUUGUUAUUUUUUUAUUUGUUUUACAGAUCAGUCAACAUUCUGAACUUUGACAUAUUUGUUAUAUUUCAUUCAUUUAAAAAAAAAUCAUAUGUUUAUUUCAUUGAAUCUCAGUAUUCUGAUUGGUGUAGUUGUGAUCAUGUGAAUUCUAAAUGUGGUUGUUUUAUACCCUGAGGAAGGACAAGUGUUUGAAAGGCAUGGUCUUACAUGACAUUGAUGUUAUUAAAAUGGCGAUAACCAAGGAAUGAAUGGCUUCAAAAGGGUUUCAUUUUUAGUUGAGAUUGGGUUUUCAUGCAAGUAAUAUGUAUUCAAAUAAGAAAUUACAGAACACUAAAAAAAGGAUGAGAAAAAUUAUCAAUUUCUGCCUGUCUUUAUCAUUUUCUCUUCCUUUAAUCAGCAUUUGUAUAUUAGCAAUAUAUUGGAAUACUGCUUGCAAGCUAUCCUUUAUCUCAAGCAGCUUCUAUAGAGUUGUCAUUUUAUAUAAUACAGAUAUAAAAUGUUAAAUAAAUUGUCAUAUAUUUAUAUAGUAUUUGCUCUGCUUCUGAUUGCAAAAAAAUAA